UCUCUCCCUCUCUCUCUUUCUCUCAUUUUCCUCUCUGCUCCUCUGCACUGCUUCUCUCUGAAACAGAGCAUGGCCUCCAUCACAUUCUCUCUGCUUCUCUCACUCCUCUUCGCUUUUACAGAUGCGGGAUCGAUCGGUAUAAACUAUGGCAGAGUAGCCAACGAUUUGCCAACACCAUCAAAAGUGGUGGAGCUUCUUAAAUCUCAGGGAAUCGACCGUGUCAAGCUCUACGACACUGAUUCCGACGUCCUCACCGCGCUUGCUAACUCCGGCAUUGGCGUCGUCGUCGCUCUUCCCAACGAGCUUCUCUCAUCCACCGCAAACGAUCAGUCGUUUGCAGACAAAUGGGUCCAGGCGAACAUCUCUCAGUAUUACCCAAAAACCAAAAUCGAAGCCAUUGCAGUUGGGAACGAAGUGUUCGUCGACCCCAACAACACGACCAAAUUCCUGGUCCCCGCAAUGAAAAACAUCCACACUUCUCUUUCCAAGUACAACCUCAACGACUCCAUCAAAAUCUCUUCCCCAAUUGCUCUCAGCGCGCUCCAAUCUUCGUACCCAUCUUCAUCAGGAUCCUUCAAAACCGAACUGGUUGGGCCCGUGAUCAAGCCCAUGUUGGAUUUCCUCCGCCAAACGUCGUCGUAUCUGAUGGUUAACGCUUACCCCUUUUUCGCUUACAUCGACAACUCCGAUACCAUCCCAUUGGCCUACGCUCUGUUCCAGACCAACGCCGGGACAGUAGAUUCCGGCAACGGAUUGCGUUACAACAGCCUCUUGGAGGCCCAAAUCGACGCCGUUUUCGCCGCCAUGAACGCUCUCGGAUACAACGACGUCAAAUUGGUCGUGACAGAGACCGGUUGGCCUUCUAAGGGCGACGAGAACGAGAUUGGAGCAACACAAGCCAAUGCGGCGUCGUAUAACGGCAACUUGGUCCGCCGUGUUCUGACCGGAAGUGGGACCCCCUUAGACCUCAGGACACUCAACGUCUUCUUGUUCGCAUUGUUCAACGAGAACGAGAAAUCGGGACCCACGUCUGAGAGGAAUUACGGACUGUUCUACCCCAGCGAAGAGAAGGUUUACGAUAUUCCACUUACAAAGGCGGAAGUCAACGGCGGUGUUCAGUCAACGACGCCGGCGAACGGAACUAACAGCACCACUGAGAUAUCUCCGGCCGGCGAGGUGUCGAAGACGUCUGUGGGGCAGACUUGGUGUGUGGCGAAUGGUAAUGUAGGGGAAGAGAAGUUGCAGACAGCACUGGACUAUGCUUGUGGUGAGGGAGGUGCUGAUUGCCGUCCGAUUCAAGAAGGUUCCACGUGUUACGAUCCUAAUUCAUUGGUGGCCCACGCUUCCUAUGCUUUUAAUAGCUAUUAUCAAAAGAAGGCUCGUUUGAUUGGAUCGUGUGAUUUUGGCGGUGCAGCUUACGUGGUCACGCAACCUCCCAAGUUUGGGCAGUGCGAGUUUCCUACAGGUUAUUGAAUGGAC